AUGGCAUGUACCGAAACUUAUCCAUCUAAUGCUCUUCUUGAUGCUGCUUUCAAUAUUACUACUAAAAUUACUGCUGAUAAUACAGCAACCAGUCAUUCUACCAUCACCUUUGCUAAUAUUAUGGGACAGGGUCGAGUAAAUCAGCUAGGUGGUGUAUUUAUUAAUGGUCGUCCAUUGCCUCAUCAUAUUCGAUUGAAAAUCGUUGAAAUGGCUACUAACGGCGUAAAGCCAUGUCACAUCAGCCGACAAUUGCGUGUUUCACACGGUUGUGUGUCGAAGAUUCUGUAUCGUUACGCUGAAACAGGCUCUGUUUCACCUGGACAAGUUCGAGGCAAUUCAAAAUCACGUAAAACAGUUCACGAAUUAGAAAAAUAUAUCUCUCAAAUUUUUGACAAUCAUCCUAAUAUAAACGCUCAUGAAAUUCGUUCAAUUCUUGUUGAUAGAGGAUUAUGCAAUCAAACAAAUGUACCUACCGUGUCUUCUAUAGACAAAUAUAUACGAAAUAAAACUAUGGAAAACAAAAUUCAAGAACAGUGCUCACUGAAGGUUGCUACUUUGAAACACAGUAUAGACGAGAUUCUUUGCACAUCCGCAACAAGGUAUGAACGUGCAGGGCAAUUAUUUGUACAAAGAGAAAAACACAGUAAAAAUCGUAGAAACAGGACCAGUUUUACACAGGAACAACUUGAAAUACUGGAAGCAGCUUUUGUUGCCAAUACUUAUCCUGAUCAAGAAUUACGUGAACGCCUAGCAGUCGCGACAAAAUUAGAUGAAGUUAAAAUACAGGUUUGGUUUAGCAAUCGACGAGCAAGAUGCCGAAAAUCAUUAGCAACUACCACUCUGAAUCCAUUUUGGAUUCAUCAACAGUUUUCAUUGCCGUUUUUUUCUGAAACGGUGAUGUUUUUACUUUAG